GCUGUGAGAUAUCUGGUCCAAACUGCAUACAAAAUAUCUGUGCACCACCUUAGCCCAUAAUUCAUAAAGUUCAUCAUAUUCAUUGACUUUGUUCAAUUACCGACUGUUGCAUACCUGCAACCUGCAGGUCGUUUAUCGGUCAGUAAAGGCAUCUUUUAGCUCCAAACAAGUAUGGCCAAACAUGCGGUGUUGUCUUCAGGGGCUAAAUUGUGGCGAUCUUUGCCAUGCGCAAAGUCGGAGCUGCGACUGGAGCUCACCCUUGCUUGUGGACAAACUUUCCGCUGGAGAGAAAAUGCUGAUGGGCACUGGACUGGAGUCAUAGGGGGACGUGUUUGGACCCUGACUCAAACAGAAGACACUCUUUGGUACUACGUGUACACAAACCAGGGUGGAGCUGGAGGAGAAAACAGCUCAGAAGACUCUCUGAGGGCAGAGUCUGUCACUGCCUCACACCACUCUGAGGUGGAAGAAGAGAUGCUGAGAGACUACUUCCAGCUGCAUGUGAAGCUGGGGGAUCUAUACAAGGAGUGGGGUGCAGCAGACUCUCAUUUCAAGAAGAUUUCUGACAUCUUUACAGGUGUGCGGAUGUUGCGUCAGGACCCCACAGAAUGCCUUUUUUCCUUCAUUUGCACUUCCAACAACCACAUCUCGCGUAUUCAGGGCAUGGUGGAGAGAUUGUGUCAGGCUCUGGGGAGCCCUCUCUGCCAGCUGGAUCAAACAUCCUACCAUGACUUUCCGACACUGUCCGCACUGGCAGACAGUGGUGUAGAGGAACGUCUCAGGGAUCUGGGCUUUGGCUACAGGGCUCGGUUCCUUCAGCAGAGCGCUAAGCAGAUCCUGGACACACACGGGCCCCAGUGGCUUGUUGGUUUACGAAACGUCCCGUAUCUGGAGGCCCGUGAUUCUCUCCGAACCCUCCCUGGAGUUGGCACCAAAGUGGCAGACUGUGUUUGUCUGAUGUGUCUGGAUAAGUGUGAGGCCGUUCCUGUGGACACACAUGUUUGGCAGAUCGCUAAACGGGACUAUAAGUACACUUCUGAUAACGGACAAAAGACCCUUACAGAAAAAGUUCACAGAGAUAUAGGGGAUUUUUUCAGAAAGCUGUGGGGCCCAUAUGCAGGUUGGGCCCAUUCGGUUUUAUUCUGUGCUGACCUCAAGAAGUUUCAGCACCUCAAAGAAAUGAAAAGUUUAAAGCAGCCACAGAACGAAGAAGAGCGUGAAGGAGAGUGCAAGGGGCUAAAAGUAAAAAGAGAAUUUGAUGGACAUGAAAAAAAGAAGAAACCCAAGUCGGAACGUCAGAAGAAGGCAAAGAUGUCCGUCAAGACGGAAGAGGUGUGAAACCACAGAUCUUUAAUCAGAUCAGACAAACAUGCACUGGAAUUAUUGUUUACAAACUUCAUGGAAAUUGGUUCAUGGUUAUAUUAUCUCUCUUUUGUGUUUUUUUUUUAAAUCUGAGGGUUAGUACUUUAAAAUUACUUUGUGCUCUUUUAUGACUUUAGAACUAUGAAACGUAUCAUACAGUGUGGAUUGUUUUAAAAAUAUAGUUAUUUAAAAAAUGAUGAGCCUGUAAAUUUUAAUAUUAAAAGUGUGAUCAUUAUGAGCCACAAACUCAGUAAAACUCAUUAAUGCUGCGCUAGACUAUUUCUACAGAAUACCAAAAGCACUGGAAAAAAAUACUGUAUUUGCUAUAAUAAUUUUGUGUGGGAAUAUGUUUAAGUUUUCUUUCUUUAUAACUGAUUUUAUUGUCCAACAUGGUGAAUCCUAAAGUUGGAAUCAGGACUCAAAAACUAAAACAAAUGACAAAACUAUUGUAAUAGAAUAUAUCUAAUCUAGUAAUUACAAAGGAAGCCCAGUUGAUUGUUUUUUUUAUUUAAGGUAAGCAGAAUAAAGGUACACUUUUUAAGACCUAUUGGUUUAAUAUAAUAUUUGAAGCACAUAUGUUGCAUUUUCAUUAGCUUCAUCGUAAUUAACAGGAAUAAAGACUUGAGAACAUCA